AUGGAUGGGGCUGCUGUGGAGAGGGGGAAGAGCUUCAACUUCCUCUGCUUGCACAUCACUGACGAUCUGAAAUGGUCCACUCACACAGACAGUGUGUUUGUGGAGACCAUCAGCAGUAAGCAGAGUGAACUGGACACCUUCAUAGCAGAGGGCUACAAAACUGCUCUGUCUGAGGAGCGCAGGAGGUACUGUUUCCUGGUGGACAGACAGUGUGCUGUGGCCAAGAACAGCAGCGCCUACCACGGCAAGGGUAAAGACCUGCUGACCCAGAAGAUCCCAGUAUGGCAGCAGGCUUGUUCAGACCCCAACAAGCUACCAGAGCGGGCCAUGCUCCUAGCCCAGCAGAUGGGCUCCGGGUCCAGCACGGGCACCGCGUCCCUGACCAUGGGGGGCUCCAGCCCCCUGAACACCUCCAAGUCUAACCUGUCCAACCUGGUCAUCUCUGACCCCAUCCCCGGGGCUCAGCCACUCCCUGUCCCCCCUGAACUGGCUGUCUUCAUGGGUGGUGGGCUGGGGCACCAGGCGAGGCUGAUGGGUUCAGAUGGGAUUUCCAUGGUGAACGGUACGACAGGACUCCACGGAGAGGAAGAGUACUGGACAGAGGGGGGGGUGUCAGUCUCCCAGCUCCAAGGAAGACCCUCCUCCCCCCAGGCCCCUUCCCUACCCCAGGGACAGGCCCCCACCCAGAGACAGGUCAGUGAGCACUACUCCAAUACUCCUGCUGUAUACUGUUACGUCCGCAGGCCCCAGCCUGCCAAGAACAAGACCUCUGUUGGUGAGACCCGUACCCUGCCCAGGUCUAGCUCCAUGGCAGCGGGGCUGGAGAAGAACGGUCGUGCCCGUGUCCAGGCCAUCUUCUCCCACGCGGCCGGAGACAACAGCACCCUGCUCAGCUUCUCUGAGGGAGACGUCAUCACCCUGCUGGUCCCAGAGGCCCGUGACGGAUGGCACUACGGGGAGAACGAGAAGAACAAGAUGCGUGGCUGGUUCCCCUUCUCUUACACACGUGUGCUGCCAGAGAGUGAGAAGGAGAAGCUCCAGGUGAAUCUGCACCAUGGGAAGAGCAGCAGCACCGGGAACCUGCUGGAGAGCGACAUGUCUCUGCCCAUGCCCGACUACGGCCUGACUGCCCGCCUGCUGGCACAGAGCCUGGCACAGAGCAGACCCAGGCCCUACAGCAUGGCAGGCUUUACCACACAGCCUGCCCUUGAGGACUAUGACAGUCGCUUUGCUGCUGCAAGUUCUGAUCCCGAUGGCAAAUUGAUUUCGACAGUGUGAGAACAGACAGACAGAGACAGCUCCCUACCGGAUAGCACAGGGGCCACCCCCUCUCUUCACCCCCCCCCCCCCCCCCUUUCAGUCUCU